AUGUCUUCCCGCGAAAACCCAGACACUUCCGCCCCUAUGGCCCAACAACAACCGCAGCAACAGCAACAGCAACAACAACCACAACCACAGCAGCAGCAGCAGCAGCAACAGCAACAACAACAGGCUCAGCAGACGACGCAACAGCAACAAUCCCCUCAACAGCCAUCCCAACAAUCACCACUGCAUCAGCAACAGCACCAGCCACAGCCUCAGCAGUCCCAGCAGGGCCCGCAACGGUCUCCAUCUCUACAGCACCAAUCUCCAGCGCAUGUCCAGCAUUCCCCCGUCCAGCCCUUCCAUCCACCGCUGAGCUCUCCCGCAGCCGUCCAGCAGGCUGCAGCUGCAGCUGCUGCCGCCGCAGCGGCAUCUGUCAUCGCUCCAGUGCCUCUGCCACAGAAUGGGAGCAAUGGCGCAGCCCUAGGUGUCACGGAGAACUUGGUGUGUCAGUGGCAGGGUUGCCAAGAAAGGUUGCCCACUGCUGAAGCUCUAUAUGAACAUGUCUGCGAACGCCACGUAGGGCGCAAGAGCACCAAUAACCUAAAUCUGACCUGUGGAUGGGCAAAUUGCCGGACAACCACCGUCAAACGUGACCACAUUACAUCGCAUAUCCGCGUCCAUGUGCCCCUCAAGCCUCACAAGUGUGACUUCUGCGGGAAGGCUUUCAAACGCCCGCAGGACUUGAAGAAGCAUGUCAAGACUCAUGCAGAUGACUCGGUCCUCGUGAGGUCUCCGGAGCCUGGACCUGGAACCAGGCCACCCAAUGGAAUGUUUGGGGUUGGUGUUGGUGCUGAUGGGAAAUCCCACUAUUUCGAAGGCUCCCUAGGACACGUUCACGGCCAAGGUUACCCGCACGGAGCACCACAAUACUAUCAAACCCCCCACCAACAACACCCCUCCAACCCCUCAUACGGGAAUGUCUACUACGCCGUAGGCAGCGACUCUCACCAAGCCUCCUACGAGUCCAAAAAGCGCGGCUACGAUGCCCUGAAUGAGUUUUUCGGAGACUUGAAACGCCGUCAGUUCGACCCCACCUCCUACGCGGUUGUUGGACAGCGUCUCUUAAACCUGCACGGUCUGCCACUACCCCUUGUCAACGGCGCUGCUGUCGCCGUCCCUGAGUACCAGACACAACCCAUGCCGGCUAUGGUCUCCGUCGGCCACGGUGGCGGCCAUAGCGGGGGUGGUGGCUACCAACCCGCCAGCCCCAUGCAGUCCUACCACCUGCCACCGAUGGGCAACCUGCGCACCAAGGCUGACUUGAUGAACAUUGACCAGUUCCUGGAGCAGAUGCAGUCGACCGUCUACGAGAGUGAUGACCACGUUGCUGCGGCCGGUGUUGCGCAACCGGGCGCUCACUACGUCCAGCAUGGCGGGAUGAGUUAUCGUACCUCCCACAGCAGCAAUAACGCAAACGCCAAUGCCAAUGCCAGUCAUACCGCCACCAGUUCCCCGCCAUCAGCAGCCACAAACAUCCCAUCCACCCACGCAACAGCCACGACAACAACGACAUCAGCACCCAUGAUCCCCACCUCCAGCGCCGCCCGCUCCCCACACAGCACCACGCCAGCCCUGACCCCUCCCUCCAGCGCUCAGUCAUAUACUUCCGGCCGCUCUCCCGUCUCCGUCUCCUCAACCCACCACAACAUCCCGCCCUCCCACCAUUACACCCACACCCAUAACCAUAACCAUAACCACCCUAACUCCAGCGCGGGCAUGUACCCCACCCUCCCCGCCACGAGCGCGCAGGACGGAAGCUCGACAAACACAUACCACGGCGUCUCGGGCGCUGCCGCACCGUCGACACUUAGCAGUGUCUUCGAUAGCGAGGGCGGGAGGAGGUAUGCGGGCGGCAUGCUGCAGAGGUCUAGACCGGGGAUUGUGGCGUCGUCACCACCGCCGUCGUCACAGGGCUCACCGUCUAUGUCAUUUGCGGAGGUUGGUGGGAAUGACACUAAGACGGCGUCCCCGUCCAUGUCAUUUUCGGCUAGUGUUAUUGAUCCAGCGUUGCAGGCGGGGUCUGAGAAGCAGAGUGGUAGCAGUGGCAGUGGUGGUGAGGCUGGUGCUGGUGCUGGCGCUGGUGCUGGUGCUGGUGAGGAGCGCAAUGGUUCGUCAUCGUCCCCUACUGCUGAUGUGGAGGAAGUUUCCCGUGCCCUCUCCUCUGCCAACGCAACCACUACCAUGGCAACUAAAACAGCACCACCAGAAGUCCCAAGUCAUACGGUCGAGCAAUGGGUCGCCAACGUGCGUCUGCUGGAGAAAUUGCGGCUGUAUAUCUAUGAGAGGUUGAGUCGGGGAGACUACGAGGAGGAUACCAACAACAGUGGUAGCGAUGUCCAGCUGCAGCAACAGCAGCAGCAGCAGAAACGGGAUGAGCAACAACAUCAGAUGGGGGAUGCAGGGGAUGCAGGGGAUGUUGGUGUUAGUGUCAGUGAGCGGAUGGAAGGGAUUGAGAUUGGAAAUUCGGAGGGGGAAGCGGAGGGGGAAGCGGAGGCGGAGGCGGAGGCAGAGGUGGUGGGUAAAGGGAUGGUGGAGGCAAAGGGGGAGCAGCGUGGUGAGGGUGGUGAGGGUGGUGGGGGGAGUUUGUAUCCGGUUUUGAAAAUGGAGUUUUAA